UUACCACUGAUGCACGCUUAUUUCAACGCUCACAAGAACUACUUUUUGGAAGGAUCCAGCAUUGUACAGACGGGUACAGCCAGUAAUCGAGAAAAGGAGAUGGUUGCUAACUUAUUCUGCCGUCUAGCCUCUUUGCUUCGAAUUAAAAAUCGUGCUUUUGGAAGUGUAGCAAAGAUCACAGUGAAAUGUUUACAAGGACUCACUCAGGCUUUGGAUUUGAGAACGCUGGUCAAAGUGAAUUCCGAUAUCAUUCGGACGUCGCUACUAUCGUUCUUCAAUAACUGUGCUGAUGAUCUUUUUGCUGCAGUUAAAGAGCUCAAGGAAAACGGCCAGUACUCCCUCAUUCGCGGACAAAACCUGAAAUCAUGGAUCUCGCUUGAAUUCGCGCACCAGAUGAUCAUCCCAGUGCUUACGACGAUGUUUGGACAUUUGGCACGAAACCAUUUUGGAACUGAUCUCUUGUUAGAUGAUAUCCAAGCAGCUUGUUACAAGAUUUUGGAUUCGCUCUAUAUGGUAACGGGACUGUCUUCAACAGCAGCACAGAGAAAAAGUAUUGGAUUUGAAACUGAUAAGCAUCGUCCCGGACUUGGGCAAUGCCUAUCUGCGUUCGCAUCAUGCUUCCCCGUAGCAUUCCUUGAGCCUGAGUUUAACAAGAACAACAAAUACUCAGUGCUAGCUAAAUCGCAAGAACAAUCAGUCCAGGUCCAAGAAAUGCUACAAACUCUAUCUACUCACAUCCCUCAUCUCGAGAAUUUGCUGGCGGAUAUUGAGCAGGUUGCCAACAAUGGGGUAAUGUACGUUGAACAGCCGAACAUCUACGAUGUGGACCUACCCUUGAUGUGCUCAUACUUAGCCUAUUGGUUCAACGUUGGCCCAGAUGGUCGUAAGACUGAAAAGAAUGCUGACGAAAAAGAACAUCGUCAAUUGUGCGUCAUUAUUAAUAUGGAUCUUCUGCGCAUUACUGAGAAUGGUCCGAAAUCACAUUGGUGUGGAGAAUGCGCCUUGGCUAUGUAG